AUGCAUAGGGGACUGUAUUUUUUUACAUUUUCUGUCUCAGUAAUUUUUAAUUUUGUAGGACUCAUUGCAAAUCUAUUUAUUAUGGUGGUCCUUUGUAGGACUUGGGUCAAAAGUCACAGAAUCUCUUCUUCAGAUAGGAUCCUCUUCAGCUUGGCCAUCACUAGAUUCCUAAUUCUGGGCUUGUUUCUGCUGAAUAUUGUCUACCAUGCUACAAAUGCUGAAAGGUCAGUCUACUUUUCCAUAUUUUUUCUGUUGUGUUGGAGGUUUCUGGACUCUAACAGUCUCUGGUUAGUGACCUUGCUGAACAGCAUGUAUUGUGUGAAGAUUACUAAUUUCCAGCACCCAUUGUUUCUUCUGUUGAGACGGACUAUCUCUGCGAAGACCACCGGCCUGCUGCUGUCCUGUCUCCUGAUUUCUGCCUUCACCGCUCUCCUGCACUUCACCCUCAGACAGAUGUCACACUUUUCUGAACACCUAACUGGGAGGAAUGACACAUCAUUUGACCUCAGUGAGGGCAUCUUGACAUUAGCAGUCUCCUUUUUCUUGAGCUCACUAUUACAGUUUAUGCUCAAUGUGACUUUUGCCUCUCUGUUAAUACAUUCCUUGAAGAGACAUAUACAGAAGAUGCAGAGAAACAGGACCAGCUUUUGGAAUCCCCAGACGGAAGCUCACAUGGGUGCUAUGAGGUUGAUGAUCUGUUUCCUCAUGCUCUACAUUCCGUAUUCAAUUGCUUCCCUGCUCUAUCUUCCUUCCUAUGAAAAGAAAAAUCUGAAAGCCCAGGCUGUUUGCCUGAUUAUGAGUGCUGCUUACCCUCCAGGACAUUCUGCCCUCCUCAUUAUCACACAUCAUAAACUGAAAGCUAAAGCAAAGAAGAUCUUCUGUUUCUACAAAUAA